AUGCCGGGCUUGGUAUCAGUUAAAACGCCGCCCGACGCUGCUCCGCUGCGAAUUACAGUCCCCGACGAGUCGCCGAUCCGUCAAGUCGUGGAAACCAUCAGAUCCGAACCGAAAUCCAGCUCCCCGGCCACACGCCGGCCGCCAGCUUCCUCCCCGUCCACCUCACGGGCCAAACCCUCUCCAGAUCGGGGUUCCGCGAGGAAAAAGUCCUCGCCGGAGAAGAGCCUACUUAAUGAAUCCUCGCUAGACAACCCGGAUCUCGGCCCGUUUCUGCUUAAAUUGGCCAGAGACACGAUAGCGUCGGGCGAAGGCCCGAGCAAGGCUUUGGAUUACGCACUGCGCGCGUCGAGGAGUUUUGAGAAAUGUGCCACCGAAGGCGAGCCGAGCUUGGACUUGUCUAUGAGUUUGCACGUUGUGGCGGCAAUUUAUUGUAGCCUAGGGAAGUUCGAGGAGGCGGUGCCGGUUCUGGAGAGGGCGAUUAAGGUCCCGGAAGUGCAGAGGGGUGCGGAUCACGCGCUGGCGGUGUUUUCGGGUUAUAUGCAGUUGGGUGAUACUCAUUCGAUGCUGGGUCACUUGGAUCGAUCUAUCAACUGUUAUGAGGAAGGUUUAAAGGUACAGAUGGAAGCCUUGGGGGAAAAUGAUCCUAGAGUUGCCGAGACAUGCAGGUACCUUGCGGAGGCCCAUGUCCAGGCAAUGCAAUUCGAGGAGGCGGAGAGGCUGUGCAAAAAGACCCUCGAGAUCCACCGUGUGCACAGCCCGCCGGCUUCCCUGGAGGAGGCUACGGACCGGCGUCUGAUGGCCCUCAUCUGCGAGGCCAAGUCCGAUCACGAGUCGGCCCUUGAGCACCUUGUCCUUGCCAGCAUGGCCAUGAUUGCUCACGGCCAUGAGGCUGAGGUUGCUGCCAUCGACGUGUGCAUUGGCAACAUCUACUCGGCCCUCACUCGCUUUGAUGAGGCCGUCUUCUCCUACCAGAAGGCCCUUACCGUCUUCAAGUCCUCCAGAGGGGACCACCACCCCUCGGUUGCUUCCGUUUUCACCAGGCUGGCCGAGCUCUACCACAAGACGGGCAAACUGAGGGAGUCGAGAUCCUACUGCGAGAAUGCGCUCAGGAUAUAUGCCAAGCCUGUCCCGGGGACCUUGCCAGAGGACAUUGCCACCGGUCUCACCGAGAUUUCUGCCAUCUACGAGAUGUUCAACGAGCCUGACGAGACCCUCAAGCUGUUGCACAAGGCCAUGAAGCUUUUGGAGGAUAAGCCCGGGCAGCUGGCCACGGUUGCCGGAAUAGAGGCCCGGUUGGGGGUGAUGCUUUAUAUGGUAGGAAGGUAUGAGGAGUCGCGGGCUUCGUUUGCGAGUGCCAUUGAGAAGCUGAGGGGUUAUGGGGAGAGGAGUUCCGCCUUCUUUGGGGUGGUUCUCAACCAGAUGGGGCUCGCCUGUGUGCAGCUCUUCAGAAUAGACGAAGCGGCUGGGCUGUUUGAAGAGGCCAGAGCCAUACUGGAGAAGGAGUGUGGGCCAUGCCACCACGAUACGCUCGGUGUGUACAGCAAUCUUGCAGCGACUUACGAUGCUAUGGGAAGAAUUGAAGAUGCAAUAGAAAUUCUGGAGUAUGUUUUGAAACUUCGAGAAGAGAAACUUGGAACCGCAAAUCCUGAUUUCGAUGACGAGAAGAAAAGACUAGCGGAGCUUCUGAAAGAAGCUGGCAGGUCGAGAAAUAAAAAGGCCAAAUCUCUUGAAAACCUCAUAGAUCCGAACUCCAAAAGGACCCACAAGAAAGAGACAUCAUCCAAGAAGUGGUCUGCUUUCGCGCACUGUCGCGCGCUAAUCCCCGUGGUCCGAGGCAUCGUGCGCGUUGGCUCCCCACGCGUCGCCCUUUGCACCCCUCGCGCGCUCGCUCGUCGUACCCGGCGCGUGUUUGCCAUGUUCGCGAGUGUUCGGCACGCGAACCUCCACUCGCUUGCUCACUCCUCCCUGGCCAUCCUGUGCGCGUGCUCUCCACCCGUCGUCCUGUCGCGCGCUCCGUUUGAUCCACUCGUCGUGCACUCGGCGUCUCCCUUAUGCAUCCGGCUGCGUGAUCCCUUUGCCUUGCGAGUCUCUGUUACACGUCCUUAUGCGUCCUCGUCCCGCACGCCUCAUUACCCGUCUAAUGUGUAUCGUCGGCAUACUCUUCGCGCGAUCGUCACGCAUCCCCGCGACCAGCGGUACGCCUCUUCUUCAUACGCGCUGUCCUCCUCUUCCGAAGGUGCGGACUCUCCCGUGGAUGACCCGGGUGUGGGCUCUCUCGAUGGUCUUCGACCACGCCAUCGAAGCUUUGCAAAUUCGGUGGCUAAGGAUUGA